AUGGUGUUUUCGAAGUUUACACAAGCUUAUGGAUCUUCUAAUGGGAAGAAUGAGAGCAGAAAGAAGAAAAAUAGUGGAUCUCCUAACCCGACCCAUGUGGCAGAAUGUCCCAUUGAGCUCUCCAUAAAGAUUGAAUCGCCACCAUGUGUAUUGUAUGGCAAUGCUGUGGAUUCUUCAGGUGCUUUACUUGCAGGACUACUUACUUUAAAAGUAAAGAAACCUCGUUCAAUAGAUCAAGCAGCAAGCGCUCCAUUAAGAGCUACGAAGAGCACUCCAUCAUCGUCACUGAAAAAAAGUACAGCUGGCUUAUCUAAUGAAAGGAAUUCUCAGACGUCUUUAUCUAGACAAGCUCAACUGGCCUCUAUGGAAGGGAAAAAUUACAAGAAUAUUAAAGUUGUUGCUGUGACUUUGCGGUUUGUCCAAAAAGUUCAUUAUCAUAUGCCGUUUGUGGCUGAAUCAUCAAGUAUACAAAAUUGUAAUAAAUGUAAAAUCAAGAUGACAGAAUUGAAAAAGUGGAAAAUUCAAACAAAAAUGGAAGAGAAAUGUAUUGGCAAACACAUUUAUCCCUACUCGUAUCUAACACCCGGAAAUUUGCCCUCUACGUCAUCAUUGGGUGCAAGUGCAAUGACUCACAUUGAAUAUGAAUUGAUUGCAAUUGCAAAAUAUAACAUACUUAACGAUCCUGAAACAAAGACUCUACGAUUGAAUAUGCCUAUCCAGGUGACACGUAGUAUACUGAGGGGACCCGAUAAGAAUUCGUUGAGAGUAUUCCCUCCUACUGAAUUGACUGCAGCUGCAGUGUUACCUAAUGUAAUAUAUCCAAAAUCUAGUUUCCCACUAGAGUUGAAGUUAGAUGGUGUUUCAUCUGGUGACACGAGAUGGAGAAUGAGGAAGCUUGCAUGGAGGAUAGAAGAAACAACUAGAGUUAGAUCAAAUGCAUGUAAUGAUCAUGAAUCUCAGUUGAAAAAAUUAGAAGAAUCUGUUAAACAGAAGGAGAUUGAAAGAUCCAAAAAGCCAAUACAUCCAAUUAAAAGAUAUGGGGAUGUAGGCCCACAAGUCAGAGUAUCUGUAAGUUCUCCAGAAAAUAUGCCCUUAGGUCGUAUGAGAAAUGUACCAGUGGGACUAAAUGAUUCGUUGAAUACUUUGUCUCCGUUUACAGAGGGUCCGAUUGAUCCGUCUGUCUCUUCAACUGCAAGACCUGUAUCACGAUCGCAACCACAAGCACCACGAGAUGGUAAUUCUUCAAGACAAAAUGAUGUUCAAUCUAGGAACUCUCGUAAUCGUGAUAUUGACGACGAUGAUAAUGAUGAUAAUACACCUUUUAUUCAUCCCAGUGAUGAUGCUUUGAGACAAGAGAUAUUACAACAGCAACACCGUCAAAGAGAGGAACAAAUGAAACAAGAAUUUAAAAAUAAUAACAGUACUUUAUUCACAGAAGAAGUGAGAAUCAUCUCUAAAGGUGAAAUGAAAAGUGGAUGGAAAACAGAUUUUGACCAACACGGGAAGAUUGAAUUGGUCACAGAUAUUGACUGUAUGCCGUUGACCACCGGAGUGAGGAACCCAUUGCUUUAUGCAACAACAGCCAAGCCUAUCCCGCCUCAAACUAAGCCUCAUAUUAACCUGUCAUGUGAUAUUCAGGAUCUAGAAUUAGGGAUAUAUGUCAACCAUAUACUUGCCGUAGAAAUAGUUGUUGCAGAAGAGACUUUACAAUACACAAACGGCCAACCUGUCUCUAAGACACCGAAAAGUGCAUCAACUUCUUCAACGUCAGUGGCGAGGGAUGACCAAAGAUUAGCAGAGUUAUCAAUUAUGUUUGCAAACCAGACAGCUUGGAAAGGGCGUCCCGUUGAAGAGGAUGGUGGUUCGUUAUCUCCAUCUUCUUCGAACAACAAUUCAACACCAAAGGCUAAGACUGAAAGCAGUGUUAGUUCAAAGGUGGUAAGUGUACCGACUGGUGCAGCAAGAGUUCUAAGAAUGCAAUUUAGACUCAACGUAACAGAGAGAUCUGGACUAGGUAUAUCUUGGGAUGAAGAAGUUCCGCCUAUUUAUCAGGAUGUUAAAGAUUACCAAAACCCACCUAAUUAUGAGAAUGCGGUUGCAAAGACACCAACGAAUAGUUUGGAUAGCGUUACAUCCAACUCCAGUGUGGAUGAUCCACACCGAGAAGGGGACAUUCAAACAGUGUCUAGGAAUAUACCUGGUAUCCCAACCGUACCACAGAUGGCACACCAUUCAAAUGCUAAUGGACACCAUCGUAAUGACCCUAAAUUUGAUCCAUUAUCUUCUGUCACCUCCCCUACAUUAGAAAAUGUCAUUAGCAUACAAGGUAACGUACCGCAUAGAGGACAAUUAUUAACUCCCGCAACAACACGUAAUAUGGGAAUGAUGAACCACUCUCAUUUGUACGAUUCUGAUAGAAUCACACAAUAA